AUGACUUUCAUCUACCCGCUAACUCAGUUUAAUCUUUCGGGGAAGACCCUCGUCGUCCCCAUCGUCUCCACCGCGAAUGUCGGCCAACUUGCAGCGGACCUGCUCAUUUCGACUCUAUCAUUGGAACGGAUCGCGAUCCUAGAUCCAAGCUACUCAAUACCGGUGGUGGGAGCCAGAGAAGAUGGCUCUGUCGGUGUGACAACACCACUUGAACUCUUUGCCAAGUCUGGUCUUGAUCUUGUGGUACUCCAGCAGCGCUCUCCCAUCCUUGUGUCUCGAAAACAAGAGUUUGUGGAUGCUCUCAUCGACUUCAUCCAAAUCUCGCAGUUCUCUGCAGUUCUCUUCCUGUCCGGUGUCGAUCCCACCAACAGAGCAGACUCUCAGAUGUUCACCCCCACCUUCCAGCUACGCGUUCCUCACAGCCCUGCCUUAGCCGAUACCACUCUGCAAUUUCUGGAUCAGAAAAUCAUCCCACCGUACCAGCAAGAUUCCGAUUCCAGCGGCAAAGCAGAAGUGCCUUUCAUUCCUGGUGGAGGACUUACAAGGCGGAUUCUAUCCUCGAUACCGGAGGGCUGGGCCGUCCCAGCAGGUUCCCUCCUACAAUUCGUCAUAGAAGGUGACAAUAGGGCGGACGCCACCCUUCUCGCAACGGUAGUUUCAAAAGUGCUUAAGAUCGAGUCACACAUCGGAACCCACUGGCGUCCGCCUUCGUCAUGGGCUGUCGGGCUGUUUGGUUCUCCUCACGAACAAGACUUGUAUGGAUGA